ACUAACGGUCGCACGUAACACACGCACGUUAAGCGAUCACAUACAUAAUUCCAAUAGUACCUACUUAGUACCCACCUGCAAUGCAGUCUAAGUGUGAUGUGUGUAAAAGAACGAUUACAAAAUCACUACCGGGAUUAGAAUGCAGUAAGUGUGACAGAGUUGUGCAUCUUAACACCAGAUGCAGUGGUCUGACUGGUAAGCAAAUCGCCGCCCUCAAAGCGGCCACCAGCUUAGAGUGGACUUGCCUUGAAUGCCAGCGGGAGUCACCAAGACGCAAUUCAUCAAUCAUUAUGCCGGAAGAAGACGACGAAGACGACAACACACCUGUCCAAAUUGACGCAAAGAAGCUGUUGAGCAACAUCUCCAAGGAAGUUGAAAAGGCGAUUAAAAGCGAAAUGCGUGAACUUAAUGAGGCAUUGCAGUUUCAUAGUGGAAAGCUAGACGAAGUCGUGGAGUGUAUGGACGCAUUUAAACAAACCAUUAAAGUACUCGAAAGGAAAAAUGUGGAGCUAACCAAUAAAAAUAAUAACCUAGAAACUCGUGUUGGAGCCCUCGAGCAAAGGUUACAAGAAAUCGAGCAAGAAAAGCUUACAAAUUCAGUGGAGAUUGCAAAUGUACCAUACCAGAGCAUAGAAGCGGACAGUAAAAUAUUGGAAAAGGUGGCCCUGAAACUCCAACUACCCACUGGAGGUAUAAAAAGCUCACGAAGACUCCAAGGGAAGAAAGAACAACCGCCGAACAUUAGAGUGGAAUUACAAGACGAAUGUACUCAAGAACAAUGGAUUACGGCUGCUAAAAGCAUCAAAACUAUGGUAGUGGACCUUUGCCCCUCCGAGAAAAAUAAUAAGGAUAUAGUUUACAUUAGUGAAGCAAUGACGAAAACCAACAAGACUUUACUGUGGAAGGCUAAGCAAGAACUAAAGAUUAACCAGAAAUUCAAGUACGUAUGGUUUAAAAAAGGAUUCGUAAAGGCACGCAAAGACGACGGUUCAAAAACCUAUAUUUUACGAACAAUGGCGGAUGUAAACGCCCUCAUAAAGAACAAAUCAUAGGCAUUAUCUGUUAGUCAUAUUAUUUCAUUAAAAAAAAAAGUUAUACCUGCGUUUUAAUAUGGACAGUUCACUAGACGAAAUCUACGAAUUAUCGGACUGUAUGAAUAUUAAUGACUUUUUAAAUAACAUCUCUAAUACAAACAUAAACCUAUUGUGUGUACAUUUCAACAUUAGAUCUCUUAUAAAAAACUUCGCCACGCUUGAACAGUGUAUACUUACUUCAAAUAAAUGUAUUGACGUAGUUAUCCUCACCGAAGCUAAUAUAUCUGAUAAAAUUAGUUGCCUUUAUCAUAUAAAUGGCUAUCAAAUGUUCACAGCUCUAAGAAAGUCAAGAAGGGGCGGUGGCAUUAUCGUUUAUGUACGUAAUAAAAACAAAUGUAGCAUAAAAAAUAUUAGAACAAACUACUUCGAAAAUAUAUUAUUUACAAUAACCACCCCUUCUAACUACACUGCGAACAUUUGUGCUACUUACCGUCCUCCUAAUACAAGUAAAAAUCUAUUUAUCGACGAACUCUUUACCACUAUUGAUAAAUUCGCAAAAACCACAGAUUUUUACUUUCUAGGAGAUAUUAACAUAAAUCUGAGACUAGACAACCCUAUAAAACAUAAAUACAGUAACAUGCUGCACAGCCUAGGCCUUAUGUGUGGGAUCACUGCACAUACUAGGAUUGAAUUAUGUAAUGGCAAAAUAAGCAAAUCGUGUAUAGAUCACAUUUAUGCUCGAUCCCGCACACAAGACCUGUAUACGGCGGCGAUCGGUACGACACUGGCUGACCACCGGGCGGUGAUACUCGCUUGCCUCGGCGCUCGAGCACAGGAUGUUCCGAAAUAUAGAACUUGUCUUAACAACCAAAAAUUAUUCUCAUCAUUAGAACAG